AUGGACACUUCAUCCAAAGAAAAUAUCCAGUUAUUCUGCAAAAAUUCAAUGCAACCUGUUGGGAGGCCUUCCUUUAAAACAGAAUACUCCUCCACAAAGGAUAAACAACCAUGCUGUAGUGAAUUAAAGGUGUUCUUGGGUGCCUUGUCUUUCGUUUACUUUGCCAAAGCACUGGCAGAAGGCUAUCUGAAGAGCACCAUCACUCAGAUAGAGAGAAGGUUUGAUAUCCCUUCUUCGCUCGUGGGAGUUAUUGAUGGUAGUUUUGAAAUUGGGAAUCUUUUAGUGAUAACAUUUGUUAGCUACUUUGGAGCCAAACUUCACAGGCCAAAAAUAAUUGGAGCAGGGUGCCUAAUCAUGGGUGUUGGGACGCUGCUCAUUGCAAUGCCUCAGUUCUUCAUGCAACAGUACAGAUAUGAAAGGUAUUCUCCUUUCUCCAAUUCCACUCUCAGCAUCUCUCCAUGUCUCCUGGAGUCAAAUAAUCAAUUACCAGUCUCAGUUAUGGAAAAAUCACAAUCCAAAAUAAAUAAUGAAUGUGAAAUUGACGCCAGCUCCUCCAUGUGGGUUUAUGUUUUCCUGGGGAACCUUCUUCGUGGAAUUGGAGAAACUCCCAUUCAGCCUCUAGGCAUCGCCUACCUUGAUGAUUUCGCCAGUGAAGACAAUGCGGCCUUCUAUAUUGGGUGUGUGCAGACGGUUGCAGUUAUAGGACCAAUCUUUGGCUUCCUGUUAGGCUCCUUAUGUGCCAAACUGUAUGUUGACAUUGGCUUUGUAAACCUAGAUCACAUAACCAUUACCCCAAAGGACCCCCAGUGGGUUGGUGCCUGGUGGCUGGGUUAUCUAAUAGCAGGAAUCAUCAGCCUUCUCGCAGCUGUCCCUUUCUGGUGUUUGCCCAAGAGUCUACCGAGACCCCGGAGUAGAGAGGAUUCUAGUUCCUCCUCUGAGAAAUCCAAGUUUAUUGUGGAUGAUCACACAGACUACCGAACACCCCAUGGAGAAAAAGCAAAAAUAAUGGAAAUGGCAAGAGAUUUUCUUCCAUCAGUGAAGAAUCUUUUUGGAAAUCCGGUGUACUUCUUAUAUUUGUGUGCAAGCACCAUUCAGUUCAAUUCUUUAUUUGGCAUGGUGACAUACAAGCCGAAGUACAUUGAGCAACAGUACGGACAGUCAUCUUCGAAGGCCAACUUUGUUAUUGGGCUCAUUAACAUACCUGCAGUGGCCCUUGGCAUAUUCUCUGGGGGGAUUGUUAUGAAGAAAUUCAGAAUCAGUGUGUGUGGAGCCGCAAAACUCUACUUGGGAUCAUCUGUCUUUGGGUACCUCCUAUUCCUGUCCCUGUUUGCAUUGGGCUGUGAAAAUUCUGAUGUGGCAGGACUAACUGUCUCCUAUCACGGAACCAAACCUGUCUCUUAUCAUGAACGAGCUCUCUUUUCAGAUUGCAACUCAAGAUGCAAAUGUUCAGAGACAAACUGGGAACCCAUGUGUGGUGAAGAUGGAGUCACAUAUGCAUCGGCUUGUCUGGCUGGUUGUCAAACCUCCACCAGGAGUGGAAAAACUAUUAUAUUUUAUAAUUGCACCUGUGUGGGAAUUGCAGCCUCUAAAUCAGGAAAUUCCUCAGGCAUGGUGGGCAGAUGUCAAAAAGAUAAUGGAUGUCCCAGAAUGUUUCUGUAUUUCCUUGUAAUUUCAGUCAUCACAUCCUAUAUUUUAUCCCUCGGUGGCAUACCUGGAUACAUAUUGCUUCUGAGGUGCAUUAAGCCACAACUUAAGUCUUUUGCCCUGGGUAUCUACACCUUAGCAAUAAGAGUCUUUGCAGGAAUCCCAGCUCCCGUAUAUUUUGGAGUCUUGAUUGACACUUCUUGCCUCAAAUGGGGAUUUAAAAGGUGUGGAAGUAGAGGAUCCUGCAGAUUAUAUGAUUCAGAUGCUUUUAGACACAUAUAUCUGGGACUAACUAUGAUGCUGGGCACAAUGUCCAUUUUCCUAAGCAUUGCAGUACUUUUCAUUUUAAAGAAAAAUUAUGUUUCAAAACAAAGAAGCUUCAGAACCAAGAGAGAAGGAACAAUGGUGUCUCCAAGAAUCAGGAAGGAAAAUUGUACUACAAGUGAUCAUUUGCUACAACCCAACUACUGGCCAGGCAAAGAAACUCGGCUUUAG